CCCCUCGGCCGCCGGCCCCGCCCGGCCCCGCGCCUGGCCCUGGCCCUCCGAGCAGUGUCCUCCUCCUUCCCUUCUUUCCUCCCUCCCUGUUCCCCGCCCCGCUUCUCCUCCUCUUCCUCCGCCUCCCGCUCCUGCUCGCUCGGUCUCCGGCUCCGGCGCCGGCUCCUGCUCCUCCUGGCCGCCCGGGGCCAAGGCGACGAGAGGUUGUAAAAAUCCAUGUGGGACGGCCCCGGGGCGAGCAUCGGAAAGAUCUCUGAGUGGAGUUAUUUUCUGGUACGGACUGUGAAAAGAAUGCGGUGAAAAUUCUGGACAAUCGUGGAAAUAUUAGCUCAAACCCCAACUUAAUAUAGCAUUUCUUCUCUUCAGCAACACCUCAUAAUACAAGAAAAAUGUAUGGAAGUGCAAGAACAAUCACCAAUCUGGAAGGUAGCCCUUCCAGAUCCCCUCGUUUGCCAAGGUCUCCUCGUUUGGGCCACCGAAGAACAAGUAGUGGGGGAGGUGGAGGAACAGGCAAGACUCUGUCUAUGGAGAAUAUCCAGUCCCUCAAUGCAGCCUAUGCUACGUCUGGACCCAUGUAUCUGAGUGAUCAUGAAGGGGUGGCUUCAACAACUUACCCAAAGGGCACUAUGACUCUGGGAAGGGCUACAAAUCGAGCUGUAUAUGGAGGCCGUGUCACAGCCAUGGGGAGUAGUCCCAAUAUUGCUUCUGCUGGACUUUCCCACACAGAUGUCCUUUCAUACACAGAUCAACAUGGUGGGCUGACUGGCUCAUCCCAUCAUCACCACCACCAGGUCCCCUCCAUGUUGAGGCAGGUAAGAGACAGCACAAUGUUAGAUCUUCAGGCCCAGCUGAAAGAACUGCAGAGAGAGAAUGACCUCCUCCGGAAAGAGCUAGACAUCAAGGACAGCAAAUUGGGAUCUUCCAUGAACAGUAUUAAGACUUUCUGGAGUCCUGAGCUUAAGAAGGAGAGAGUCUUGAGGAAAGAAGAGGCAGCGCGGAUGUCUGUCCUCAAGGAGCAGAUGAGGGUUUCCCAUGAAGAAAACCAGUUACUGGAUGCCAGAAGAACCAAGCACCUACAGUUGACAAUCCAGGCCCUUCAAGAUGAGCUGCGAACCCAGAGAGACCUCAACCACCUCCUCCAGCAAGAGAGUGGCAACCGAGGAGCGGAGCACUUCACCAUCGAGCUGACCGAGGAGAACUUUAGGCGGCUCCAAGCCGAGCAUGACAGGCAGGCUAAGGAGCUGUUCCUUUUGAGGAAGACAUUAGAGGAAAUGGAGCUGAGAAUUGAAACGCAGAAACAAACCCUCAAUGCCCGAGAUGAGUCAAUUAAAAAACUUCUUGAGAUGUUGCAAAGUAAAGGCUUGCCAUCCAAAAGCCUGGAGGAUGACAAUGAGCGAACGCGGCGGAUGGCAGAGGCUGAGUCUCAGGUCAGCCACUUGGAAGUGAUUUUAGAUCAGAAAGAGAAGGAAAACAUACAUCUUAGAGAGGAAUUGCACCGAAGAAGCCAACUUCAGCCGGAGCCAGCCAAGACGAAGGCUCUCCAGACUGUCAUCGAAAUGAAGGACACAAAAAUCGCUUCAUUGGAACGAAACAUAAGGGAUCUUGAGGAUGAGAUCCAGAUGUUAAAAGCCAAUGGUGUGCUGAACACUGAGGACCGCGAAGAAGAGAUCAAACAAAUUGAGGUUUACAAAAGUCACUCCAAGUUUAUGAAGACCAAGAUUGAUCAGCUGAAGCAGGAACUUUCAAAGAAAGAGUCGGAACUUCUUGCCUUACAAACAAAGCUUGAAACCCUCAGCAAUCAAAAUUCAGAUUGCAAGCAACACAUUGAAGUGCUCAAAGAGUCACUUACUGCCAAAGAACAGAGGGCUGCCAUCCUUCAGACUGAGGUAGAUGCGCUGAGAUUACGACUGGAAGAAAAAGAAUCUUUCCUCAAUAAAAAAACAAAACAGCUACAGGACCUCACAGAAGAGAAGGGGACACUGGCCGGUGAAAUUCGUGACAUGAAAGAUAUGUUAGAAGUGAAGGAAAGAAAAAUCAAUGUUCUUCAGAAAAAGAUUGAAAACUUGCAAGAACAACUUAGGGAUAAAGACAAGCAACUGACCAACCUGAAAGACAGAGUGAAGUCCUUGCAGACGGAUUCCAGUAAUACAGAUACUGCACUGGCGACGCUAGAGGAAGCUCUGUCAGAGAAGGAGAGAAUAAUUGAGCGCUUGAAAGAACAGCGAGAAAGAGAUGAUCGGGAAAGACUAGAAGAGAUAGAAUCCUUCCGAAAAGAGAACAAAGACCUGAAAGAGAAGGUCAAUGCUUUACAGGCUGAACUGACUGAGAAAGAGUCUAGUUUAAUUGACCUCAAAGAACAUGCAUCUUCAUUAGCCUCUGCGGGGCUGAAAAGGGAUUCCAAAUUAAAAUCUCUAGAAAUAGCCAUUGAACAAAAGAAAGAGGAAUGUAGCAAAUUGGAAGCACAGUUAAAAAAGCAAGCUGAGCAGUUGUUCAAUCAGAUGUACAACCCAGCACAUAAUAUUGAAGAUGACUCCCGGAUGAACCCUGAGUUUGCAGACCGAAUAAAACAGCUCGAUAAAGAGGCGUCUUACUACCGCGACGAAUGUGGCAAGGCCCAAGCGGAAGUGGACCGGUUGCUGGAGAUCCUCAAGGAGGUGGAGAAUGAGAAGAAUGACAAGGACAAGAAGAUUGCAGAACUGGAGAGGCAUAUGAAAGAUCAGAAUAAGAAGGUGGCCAACCUCAAGCACAAUCAACAGUUGGAAAAGAAGAAAAAUGCUCAGUUACUAGAAGAAGUGCGCAGGCGAGAAGACAGCAUGGCUGACAACUCACAGCAUUUGCAGAUAGAGGAACUGAUGAAUGCACUAGAGAAGACCAGACAGGAACUGGAUGCCACCAAAGCACGCCUCGCCUCCACACAGCAGUCCCUGGCCGAAAAAGAAGCGCACUUGGCCAACCUCCGGAUUGAGAGGAGGAAACAGCUGGAGGAGAUCCUGGAGAUGAAACAGGAAGCACUACUUGCAGCCAUCAGUGAAAAAGAUGCAAACAUUGCCUUGCUGGAAUUGUCUGCCUCCAAAAAGAAAAAGACGCAGGAAGAAGUCAUGGCCCUCAAGCGGGAAAAAGACCGACUAGUACAUCAAUUAAAGCAGCAGGUGGGGCCUCCUGCAAGACAGACCCAGAACAGAAUGAAGUUGAUGGCAGACAACUAUGAUGAUGACCAUCACCAUUACCACCACCACCACCAUCACCACCACCAUCGAUCUCCUGGGAGGUCGCAACAUUCCAAUCACAGGCCCUCUCCGGACCAGGAUGACGAGGAGGGCAUAUGGGCAUAGCCGGGCCUGUAAACCAAAGUUCCAGUUUUGUUUUGAGGGAUAUGCCAGUGUGGUGUGACUCUCACGUCCUUCUGGUUGUGUCAAAUGUUUGGCAAGGAAUAAGGAAAAUAAAAUAUGUAUCUUCAUGGAGCUGAAACUAUCAUCUCUAAGAAGGCCGUUUAAUGGAUUGUGCUAUCUCUUCUAUGGCAGUUCUGAAGAAAACACAAGGAUGAAGGCAUAGUAAUGGUGAAUGGGUAAAUGUAACUCUUUAAAUGAAUUAGAAUAGAAAUAUUCAUAUUAGCAGGUCUUAUUAGUGACAUUUUAUCUGUUGCUUUUUAAAAAUUAUACUUCUAUGAGGCUUUGCAUUAGAAAUUAUACACAUUGUAUUUAUCAGAGGGUUUUGUAUUUUAAAAGCUGAUCUUUAGCUAUUAAGAAUCCACCCUUUAUUUACGUCCUGUCUGCAUUACGAUUGAAUAGUGACACGUAAUUACCACAUGGUUAUGAAUGGAAUACUGAAGUCUAGCAACUUUUGCUGCUGGGAAUUACACCUCUCCUCUAUACUGCAGGCUGUUUAACACCAAGUCACAAACUCCCUGGAGUUGAAUAUACAUAUGGUUACAUGGAAUAUGGUAUUAAACUUGAUAACAUUGCAUAUGAUGUUUUAUUCAGAACAAGGAAUGUGGUAGAUUGUGUGCCAUGGUGAUUUUUUUCUGAUCAGAAAGUAUUCAAUCUAUAGUUCUUUAUUCUGGGACAAGCAUGAAAUGACACAGUGCUGGAGAUUCAACAGGUGUGGGACAAUUCUUUGGGAUAACUUAGCAUGUAUGUCUUUCCCCGAGUCUUGCCUUCAAAUAGCAUGGCAGGUAGUGCUUCAGGUGAAGUUUAACCAAAAGCUGGUACGUUUGGCCUAUGGGUGAGUUUCAUUGUUGUGUUUUACUUCUUAGUUGAACCUGUUACAUGUCCCACUAAUGGGUCAGUUUGCUUUUUUUGGUACUGAGGGGGCAGUUCACAGGAUGGUGGUUUUCAGGUACGACAUCUUUCUACAUAGUAAAGAUGUAAUGCCUCCUAGAUCCAUUUGCUGCCAGUAAAACCUGCUUCAUGUUAAUACAGAAGUAUCUCAUCUCUUCUCCCUUUUCUUGGCAAAGGGGAAAACGGCACUGGAAUUAACACUUCCAGAUGCAAAGUCAUUCCAUAGGAAAGCUUGUCAGUAUGAGGAAGCGGGGAAAUCAGAGAAGUUCUGGAUGUCUAUGGGAGCAACUCUCUCCCUAUGUAGGGAAAAUAUUAAGAGAAAUGUCACAUUUACUCACAGAGAAAAGCUAAUAAAAGUGGAAAUUGACCUAAAGUCAUAUGAAAUGAGAAGAAAGUGUUUAAUAGCAUUAAAAAGCAAACACAUGAAGCCUGCCUCAAACAUGCAUGGAAGAGGUAGGUAAAGGAAAGUUCUAAGAGUUUGGCAGUUGUCUUGAAAAGUGUAGCUCCUACUUGGGGCUCUUCUGUGAAGCUACUUCUGCCAUCAUGAGUAUCAGGGCGCUAGGCUGCACUUGUGUUUCCUCCUGAAUAGUGAAGAUUUUUUAUUGCUCUUUCACAAGAUUCGUGACACCCUGAGAUAUGAACAGUGUUGUUAUCCUCAGGAUGGAAUUGGCUCCAAGACCCAUAGGAAAUCUUGCUUUGCUUAAGGCAAAUGCAGACAAUUGUAUUAAGCCCUAUCCCCUUUAUUUCUUCAUGAAUUUCCCCAAAUGCCAUGCACACCAGAAAAUAAAUGUUUUUAGAAAUUUAGUCAAUAUAUAAUCCUACUUUAGUAUGCUGUAAUAAAUUUCAUAUGCUUCAGAGGAAAACUACUUAUCUUUCUUUAUGACUCCUUUAAACAAGUUUGCUUAGAUAUCCUCAGGCUUUUAAAACCAUAUCUUUAAGGAUUUAAAUAAUGAGAUACUGGGGGAACCUUCUGUUUUUGAGCAGCCGCUGCAUGUUUUGAGUUGCAUUACAAUCCAUGAGGCCUUAGGAGACAUUAAAUUUAUAACUAAAGAUGGAUAAUAGUGGUACAUUAAAAAUUAACUGUUUUCAAUGUUUUGAUUUAUGGCCCCUAUAAAAGAAACAUUACAAGAUGUUAUUUUACUAGACAUCAGUAAUAUGCUCAUAAUAGCAUCGGAAGGCUCUGACUUGAAUCUGGAGUUUUGGUGCUGAAAUGAAUCAUAAUUUAGAAAAAGUCACUCUAAAAAUUACAACAAAUUGGAAUAAGCAUAACAACCCCAUCAGCUCCUCCCUUUUUUGCCACUUCUGGAGGCUAAGUCCAGACAUGAUUUAUUUGUCUCACUAUGGUCAUUCAAGAGUGGUAUUUUCCGAGCACACGGUGGACCGGGGAAAGUUUACUUUUCUAAAGAGUUUUGACAGCCCCUAGAGCUAGCCUUUCCCCUCUUAAACCUCACACCCAGGCCUGGAUUUAUCAGCGUAUGGCCUGUGCAGUCCACAGGCCCUACACUUAGAAGGGCUUCACUCUUAGGUUAAAACUCUGCUGUCACUGUCUUGAAAUUCCUAAUGUUUUUCAAAGAAGGGGCCUCACAUGUUCAUUUGCCCUCAGCGCCACUAAUUAUGUAGUCUAUGCUGCCUACACCAAACAUAUAUUCCUAUAUUCUGCUUCCCAAUUCUCUUUAUACUCCCCCUCCCUGUUGGAUCAUCCACACUCUUGUUUUCUUAUGCCUAAGAUUUACCUGUGGCCAGCCUCAUUGUUCUGGGUUUCUUCUAGAGACUCCACGGGAUCACUUUUCCAGCAAGUUGUUGCCGUCAUAGGCAUCCCUGGCAAAGCAUAUUCAACCACUGUCCUCUCACCACCAAACCCCCAAACCCCACACUCACACAUACUUUCAACUGUGAAAAUGUGCUCUUGGAGGCCUAACUGUAUUCCCUAUCUUGCCUUGCAAAAUGCAGAAAAAGCAGCUCCUCAAUUCUCCAUAACUGUUCUUCAGGAAAAUCCACUUAAUGUAGGUAUCAUUUGUGUCAGCAAAUACUUCUUCAUUUACAUUGAAUGAAGGUGCUUUCCAUGGACCCCCCCAAGAGGCAUUCGGGUUUGCGAACAUCAAUGAGGUAGGCAAUGGACGAGCAAAUCGAGGCACCUUGUGAGAUUUAGUGCCACCUCUGCCUCGACAUUUGAAUGUUUGAGCUCUUACUGUGAACUCUUGUAAUUGAGCAAAGAUAGAACACAAGUUUUUAUUUCUUAAACCACUAGAAAGGAAUUAGUCUUUUUUGAUUGAAAACAUAUGCAAAAUUUUAGGACCCGAUUCAUAAAAAUACAGAUGUGGCAUUAACAAGUUUUGGCAUGAGGCUGUGAUGCUAGUAGAUGCAGCCUGUUCAAAAUGAAGAAUUGUAGCUGUCUGCCACCAGCUCAUGGACAAUGUUAUGGUGAGUAAAAAUAUGAAUCGCAGAACAUUUAGACACGAGGAAGUGGUGUUUUACAAAUAAAAGCAGUGCUGGAUGGCCCAGUGGAACUCCCUGCCAUGCCUCCCCUCUGGAAGAAUGAAAGAAGGAGGAAGGAGAUGUUUUACUGUAGCUAGGAAGUUCAGGUCUGACUUGCCUUCUUUUAGCAGACAGGGUCUGGACACUAGGCCUGUGCUUGUCCUGGAACUAGAGAAAUUUAAUGGCUGCAAAAAGAAAAUCAAGGAAAGAGCUCUGAGCUCUACACAAAGCAGAGGUUUCUAUACAAAGUGGUGGUUUCUGUGCAAAGUGCAGGUUUUCUUUCACACCGCCUGUACAGGGGUAGCUACUGCUGCUUUUAAUGCAAUUUAGAUUUUGUAUAACUGAGGAUCUGAUAUAUCUCUUUCUUGUGCCAUUGGCUACUAAGACUUUCAUUUAUUCAUUCAUUCAUUUAUUAUUCACUUAUUUGUCCAUUCUUUCACCAAACGGUUAAGUUCUCAGUUAGAUGCUAUGAAACCAGUGACGAAUAAGAUUGCCAUGGUUGCCCCCCUGUGGAUCUUGCCAUCUAGUCAAGGGACAGAAUAUAAAUAAUUAGACGUCUCAAUAGAAACCUUGCACAUUUUGGUCAUGGCUUUGAUGGAAACCAGAAAGAUACUGAGAUUAACUUGAGGAACCUACUUAAGGAAGGAUGUUCAGCAAGCAUCUCUCCAAGGAAGUAAGUUUUAAGCCAAGUCUUAAAAGGGGAGAGUCAGGAGGUAUCCAUGCCAAGGCGUGCAUUUGGGAGGUGGUCCCGGGAGGCAUGCAAAAGGUGGAGGUGGGAAGGAGUUUAUAAGCUGAAGAAGCUUGAAGACCAUAACUCUGGGUAGAGCACAAAACCGUGAGAUGAGGAUGGAGAAGAAGGAAGGGACCAGAAAACGUAGGGCCUUUUAUGGCGAGGUAGAGAGUUUAGAUUUUAAGCCUAAGAAAACUGAGCAGACAUCAGAGGAGUUUAAGCAGGGACAUGACAUGAUUUGAUUUAUGUUGUAGAACAACCCUGGCUGCUGUGUAGAGGAUGAAUUGUCAUGGCAGGAAGAGCAGAAGUAGAGGCUGUUCCAUGAUCUGUGAGAGAAUUGAUGGCACUGACCCAGGGCAGCAGUAGUGGAGAUGCAGACAAGUGGAUAAAUUGGAGAUAAGACUAGGAAGGUGAAGCCAGGAGGACUUGGAUGGGGAGGUAAGACAAAGGACAAAAUUGAGAAUGCCUCCAGAUUUCUACCUUGGGUGGUGGUGGGGGCACUGAGAGGGAACUCAGAGUGCUGGUUUCCCCAGAUGUCCAGUCGGUCUGGCCAAGGGAAGGGCAGGCUUUUGACCUCGGCUCUUUUCCAUGUUCCUGCAUAUCAGCAGGGGAAUCUCUGGCCUCUUAUUGCAGUAAUGUGCAGGCUGACAAGUUUAAAGCACGUCUGAAGUCUAAGUUCAAGAGUGGGUGGCUCCUCCAACUCUUGAAGAAAAGGAGAUUGCAAAGCAAAAUCAGUAGUUAUAGAAUAAGAAGACAUGUAAGGGGUAGCGAUCUGUGGAAAAACAAAAACCCCAGAGUUGUAGGAGGUUGAAAGGGACCUAGGGACUAGAGGGACCUAGAGAGAAGGAAGUUGCCAUUGGCUCCUGUAGUUCCCCCUGAGAUCUCCAGGGAUCAAGAAUUCUGUCAGUUAAGGGGUACAACACGAGAUUUUGAUUGCUCUUGAUAAUUGACUUCUCAUCUUGAAAUUCUAAGUAUAUUAUUUUUCUGCAGAAGAAGCUUUCAAUAAUCUCUUUUCAGGAGUUAAUAUGAGAACUAACCAGAAGUAGCUACGAGAUGUUUUAGAACCACCAUGACAAUGUCUCUGCCUACUUCCAAUUGCAAAAUCGAUUCCUGGGCAAAGUAAGAUGUUUUUGCUUUAUCUCUGUCCCCACUUCCUCCUUUUAUUUUGCUCUUCUCCUCCUCUGGAAGGUGUCUGUAUAUUUAUGUCUUCUAUUCAGGCUUACAAAGCUGCUGUUUAGAGCUUCAACUUGAAUAUCCUAUUCACGGUCUUUGCAAUUAGUAAUUUAUUCAAAAAAUAUUUCUUCAUCUUAGUACUGGAGAUGUACUGGAUAUACAUCUCAGUACUGAGUCAAGGUAGUGAACAAAGUGUGAUUCCUACCCUCGAGGAGCUUAGAGUAGUACAUAGAUUCUCAAGCAGGCGUCCAUAAGCCCUGGAGGCUCUGCAAAUCCCCUGACAUGGUUAAUAGGCUUCAAUGUGGAUGUAUGCACAUCCCCGCAAAGAGAGUAUUUAUUUAUGUUCCUCAGCAGAUAGAGGGGCCAGUGACUCAGAAAAAGUGAAGAAGACCCUCAUCUAUGGUGGGGUGGCUAACAGUGUGGUCUCUGGAUUCAGAUAGACCUAGGUUUGGAUGAUCGUGGGCAAGUCACCUUCCAUCUCUCCCCUCCAUUUUCUCUUUGAGGAAGGUUGUGACACCCCCAGGGCUGUGAUGAGCUGAGUAAGAUGCCAAGUCAUGCCUGGUGCACGGUGAGUAUUCAACCCUGGGUAGAAUAUCAGUAUAUCACUAUUAUUGUUACUUCUGGGCUCAGGAAAGUGUACUGUAUCCAUAAACAGAGGAAAGUGGUUGAUACUGGGGUUGUUGAAUUUGGGAGGUAAAAGAAAAGGCAAAAGAAAGGUAAUCUAUUCCUAUGGCCAUAGCUACACCCAAGCCACCUACAUAGCAGGGCUUACUUAAAGCAUGUUUACCCUAUAAACAUACCCUCUCCAGUUACCUUUGAUUUUUAUAACACUUGGGUAUAGCUAAGGAAAGUUUGAUUGUUGGAGAGUAUGAAUUAGUCCAUGUUUAUAGCAGAGGGUUUCUUUCGGCUUAAAGAAAAAUCUAAUGAGUAACAUGAAAGCCAAUGAAUAUUUAACAAAUAAUUAAUUGCGAGCUAAUGAAUUGGAAGAGAGAAAAGGAUAAUAAUGUCUCAGUCCACCUCUUUCUGCUCUCAAGGGUGAUGGACUUGGGGGCCAAGGUAGAAGCUUUUAAGCAGAUUGGAGGGCAGUAAAUAAGUUCUUGUGGGUUUUUCUGGAGCUCAUAAGGGUUACCUGGCAGAGCAAUGCAUGUUGGCUUAGAUAUGACCACACUCUCAGGACCUGAAAUCUGGCUGAGAAAUCAUAAACAGUGGUGAUAAAUUACCAUGGGCCAGAGGCGGGAGGCGUCUAGCAGAGUGUUGUUACAUUACAUUACAUCCUUUCUGUGCCAGGGCUGGCGCACAGGGAGCACGCUGGCUCUCCCACCCUUUUGUCAUUUGCUUUAGAGUAUGCUGUUGGUCUGGUCUUGUUUAACCUCUUUAUUAAUGAUCUGUAAAGGGGAGAAAAGAGCAUGUGAAGGAAAGUCGCAGAUGACACUAAUUUGGAAGGUGUUGGAAACACUAACGAGGUCAGAGAAAUCACACAAAUGGCCUGAAGAAGGUUAGGAACAUGGAGGGAAAAUAACAAAUCUUGGAGAAGUCCAGACUCUCACAUCUGGUGAAAAUUAAUCUGAGACACAGAUACCAAUGGGUGGGAGGGAUAUGAAAAGCUGAAUGCUAAAAUAAUAAUAAUAAUAAUAAUAAUAAGCUCAGUAAACAUCAGCGAAACCAGCCAGCCCAAAAGUCUGCUAUGGGUGAGAGUAGGGAGAGAGGUGCCUUUGGCAGUUAGCACUGUCAGUGUUAGCAGGUGCCAGAGAGACAUGUGUGAUCUUAUGUGACAAUUGUCUUAUACCUGGGACAUUACAAUAUUAUACAUGCUUUAUCUCAGAGGAUCACCCAAGUUAUCAGAAAGAUGGAAAGAAAGGCUGUGCACGCUGGCUCACACCUGUAAUCCCAGCACUUUGGGAGGCCAAGGCGGACAGAUCACUUGAGGUCAGGAGUUCAAGACCAGCCUGGCCAACAUGGAGAAACCCUGUCUCUACUAAAAAUGCAAAAAAUUAGUUGGGUGUAGUGGCACAUGCCUGUAUUCCCAGCUACCUGGGAAGCUGAGGCAGGAGAAUUGCUUGAACCUGGGAGGCAGAGGUUGCAGUGAGCGGAGAUCGUGCCAUUGCACUCCAGUCUGGACGACAAGAGCGAAACUCUCUCUCAAAAAAAAAAAAAAAAAAAAAAAAGAAAAGAAAAAGAAAGAGAAAGAAAGAUGGAAAGGGUUUUUAAACAAUGCAGGGCAUCAUUUAAUGUUGGAGGCAGAACCAAAGCUUCUAAAAGAAUUAUUAAAAACAUUUGAAAAUGGCCAUAAUGGCACUUUCAGGGAGACCAGAAGGUAUUGCUCUAGAACAUGCAAAUGUGGGGUUGAGAAGGCUCACAGGUUUCAUUUUGAGACUUGUAGCCUGAGAAUAGAUACUUCUCAGAGGCCUCAUUGGGGAGCCAUCCAAUUGGUGGCCAACGUAAUGCUCUGAGUCAGAAUUGUCUUGUUGGUUCAGGGAAAGCAACUCCAGCUCCACCUCUUUCCAACCAUCUCCACAGCCCCAACCAAAGGGGAAAACCAAGACAACAUCUAAAAUCAGAGCACACAUUAUGGCCACCACUAGGUGUAUCAAUCAGAAUGGCUAGAUUCCUUUCUGCUAUUGGAGCAUCCAUUGGCUGGAGGUCAUUAGCCUUACCAAGACGUACCUUAACUCUAUCCGCAGGCCUCCCCCAUAUAUUCCUUCUCCAGAGUCACAUGAUCCCUGCAGGAAAAUUGCUAGUCCACCAUCUGGUGGCUACCUGGUGUUCUUAUGAAACUCUUACUGCAACCCUCAUUGUGGCUUCCCCAUGAACAUGUUUGUCAGAGACUUUGAGAUGGGAAUGUAUUCUGGGAAUAUACAUGUCCUCUAGCUUUGUUUUCUGGGAAAUAUAAUGUAGAUGCUGAGAACAACAGCACACAGCAACUGAGAACUUCCACUGUGCCAGGUCAGGAUCUAAGGUGCUCGUGUGUUCAAUCUUGAGUGGAGUAAGAUUGGGAUGUCAGGCCCCCAUCCCUCUGAAGCAGAUCCUGCACUUGUAAACAUGGGUCCAUGCAUGCCUUGCAGCUCACAGGGUUGUUCCCAUGGUGACAAAAUCACUGAGAUGCUGAGCCUUUAUAAGGAGACUCCUUGCCAUUUCUUUCCGCCUAAGAGUCAGCGUUUGCAACCCCACCGUGUGCCCUUCUGCUGUGCACCUUAAUAAAUCAGGUCCCUUCUUUUAGGUUUGUGUGGGUGGUUGAAGGCCAAGGGUAGCUUUAAAAUCUGCCAGUCCCCAAACGUUUCCUUAGUUCCUCAGUCACUGUGAAUAUGCAGAGAGGUAGAAACAGAGCCCCUGGAAGUUUGAAGAAGAAAGAUUGUUAUAAUCUCUUUGAGAGAAGAUUUCUCAGUUAAACCUAUUAGAUCCAGAAUAAAAAGGCAGACUCCCAUAUGUGGCGAAAGACCCCUCGCUGUACAUUGUAUCUUUGUCCAUCAGAGGGCAAACAUAAGACGAGGCCCUGAAAUAAUAAUCGCAGAUUGCUUUCACUGGGAAACCUGAGCUUCCUACAGCCACCAAUUCAUUUUCCCCAUGUAUUACUUUUAUGCUCAUUUUACAAAACUUAGGAAAUUUAAUAAGUAUAUCAGGAAAAAAUUUUCUCAAAAUCCUCAUUCAGAGAAAGCAUCAUUUUUAACCUUUCAGUAUAUAUCUUGCCAUAUUUUUCCUAUGCAGAUGGUCUUGUAAAUAUGUACUUGAUGGAGAUGGGAAUCUGACUUUGCAUAAUCUUUGGCGCAGAGUGGUUGGGCAGUACCCAGGCUCUAGAGCCUCACAGACCAAGUUCAAAUACUGGUUCCACCACUCCCACCUGAUGGAUGAAGUCUUUAAAGGUAGCUAAGACUGUUUUUGGUGGUGUUAUCAUUUACUUGGCAUUACAUGACUGUUUUCACAUCUGUUUAUAAUUUUAAGAUAUGCUCUGCAUUGGGCAGUCGGGAGGUCAGGGCAGGCUGGAGCGGCCACGCACACUAGAGCCCUUGGGAUGCAGAGGCUGGGAAGAGUACACUGUUGCCCAGUGGGUUUGUUCUUGGCAGUGGCAUGAGGCUUCAUUGUUCCCUGCUCAGGUGUCAGAGGAGUGCCUCUGAUUGCCCUGAGUCAGCGUGUGAUGGAAUUAGCAACCCUGCUGAUCCCCCAGCCUCUGUUCUUCUUUCUGUGCACCUUGAUCUCUGAAGUCAUUGUGUUAUUUGAAAGGAGUUUCUGUACAAAUCACUCUACUAAAAAAAAACAACAACAACAACAACAACAACAACAAAAAAACAAAAAAAAACCUCGGUAAUUAAAAAGGGAGUCUCCCCAUUGGCCCAUGGCACUGGAUUGUAAACGGAUUCAGUGUGUGGGACUCUGGCUGCUGUUUUGUGUUGGGUUUGUGGUUUUACUUAUUUUUUUGUACUUGUCUCCCCUGGUGCUGGGGCACUAGCUUGGGAGCAUGAUAAAAAUCAUGUUAUCGAAGAAACCUCUCUGCUCCUCUUUUUUUUUUUAUUUUUUAUUUUUUUGAGACGGAGUCUCGCUUUGUCACCAGGCUAGAGUGCAGUGGUGUGAUCUCGGCUGACUGCAACCUUCGUCUCCCAGGUUCAAGCGAUUCUCCUGCCUCAGCUUCCUGAGUAGCUGGGAGUACAGGCAUGCGCCACCAUGCCCAGCUAGUUUUUGUAUUUUUAGUAGAGACGGGGUUUCACCAUGUUGACCAGGAUGGUCUUGAUCUCUCGACCUCGUGAUCUGCCUACCUUGGCCUCCCAAAGUGCUGGGAUUACAGGCGUGAGCCACCGAGCCCGGCCUCUGCUCCCCUUUGUCUGAAGGCAGGUGACACAUUGGGAAACUCAUGGCAAGCCUGUUUUCUUCUCAGAGAGGAAGGGCUUGCAGGGCUAACAGUGUUUCCCCCAGCUGAUCCGAAACAUGAUUUGGGCUCAGUACAAUUGGCCACUGAAAAGAAUUGUCCUUCCCCCUCACGGAAUGUGGAAUGAGAAAGGGAGAAUGAGAAAGUCUUCUAGAGCCAGAGAGCAAUCUUUGUCCCUCAUUAUAUAACAGGCUUGGGACACAGGGAAAUCUAAUAUAUCAGAUAAGGAGGUGACGAUGUGUGAGGGUGCCAGCUAAGAUGCACCAGAUGAAUUUUCUCCAUGUUAUUAUUUUUAAAAAUUAUGAAUGCACCAACAUGCUGAUGGAGCCUGGACUGUUGAGCCAUUUUUUCAUGUGAGGGCCUGACUCCAUGCAAGAGACUCCUACAUGCCGAAGCCUGCAGGAGCUUUAUGUAGCUGGGUUGCAUUUCCAUGGCAGGGACUGGGGACAGGGAAGGAUGGACUCUGGCGUUUGCCCCUCUGUAGGUCACUGCUGUCCUGACAAACACUGAGGGGGCCUUCAGCACAGUGGCUUUCUGCCUAGUUCACUCAUCUUAGGGAAAACACCUUAAAGUUCCAAGAGCUGACACUGCCAUUUCUUCUACUUCUGUCUCACUCACAUAGCACCCUUGCCAGUUUAGAGAAAAUGCCCUGUGUCCCUGAUUUUCAUCUGAUCUCCCAUCAGCUCUACGAGGAGGGCAGACAGGUGACACCAUGCCCAUUUUAUAGAGUAAGAAAAGGAGUUUUCUCCAGGGCUAUACAGAUGAGACACAGGGGAACUAGUACGUGAACUUCAAACAUGUGACUCUUGGCCAGCUACUCCUUCCACUAUAGUAGUAAUUCCCUAAGGUGUUCCUCAGUGCCCUGAUGGUGUUGGAUAUUAAAAGACUUUUUUUUUUUUUUUGAGAUAGGGUCCUCCUCUGUCACCGAGGCUGGAGUGCAAUGGUGUGAUCAUGGCUCUCGGCAGUCUCAGACUUGUGGGUUCAAGCGAGAUCCUCCACAUCAGCCUCCCAUGUAGCUAGGAGGCGCACACCACCAUACUUGACUAUUUGUGUAGGGGUGGGGGGCCUAGAGAUGGCGUCUUGUUAUGUUGUCCAGGUUGGUCUCAAACUUCUGGACUCAGGUGAUCCACCUCAGCUCCCAAGGUGCUGGGAUUACAGGAAUGAGCUACCCGACCUGGCCACUAUUUUAAAAAAUAGUCAUAAAGGCAUAUGGUGUUCAAAUAAGUUUGAGCAAAGCUGGAUUAAACAGCAUUAAUAGGUUUCUCCACUGCAGACCUUCUCAGAGCCUUCAAUAGGCCAGGGUCCUCCAGCCAGCUGUCACACUCCAGAGAAAGAGCGUUUGCUGUGCUUAUUGCUCACAGCUCCUUUUCUUCUCAGACCCUCAUGUAGAAUUACGGUGCACAGAGUAUAUCUGGGGAAAGUUUUGCUGCAGCCUGACUUCUCUUAGACUAUAGGAUGAGCCAUUUUCCAAGCAGGUGGAGCUACCACCACUGACUGAGGUGGUUAACAUGAAGCCUGGACAACCGCAUGCCAAAAAUGAUGAAUUGGCCUGAAAAGGAGAAGGCCGAUAGCCUAGCACCACCAUUAGGCUUUUCUUUUUCUUACUAUGUUUGGCAACUAUGUUUUGCCAAGUGCUUACUUAUGUGGAGCUUAAUGGGCAUAUAUAUUCACUGUUCAAGAAGACUGAGACAAAUAAAAAGGAACUUGGGGCCUUUCUCAAAGGAUGUCGGCAAAGGAGAGGCUAGCAUUUCCUCUCCUGUGCUGAUGACCACGUGCCCACCACUGUCCCAAGUUAGGGCUUACUAGAAAACUUUGCAAUGUCCAGAUAGUAAAUAUUUUAGGUUUUGUGGUCCAAAAUCUGUGGGCAAAAUCCAGAUAUAGAUGUUUAUAUAACAAGAAAGAAAACAAAUGUUCAUAGAUUUUUUUUAUUGAAGAAAUUCAAAAUAUAAGGAGUAUAAUUUUUUGUAAUAUACCUCUACUAAUGAGAAGAGAAUGGGUUUCUUUUAGGGGAUAACAUGUCACUUUAUUGGGGAUCAAAAUUAGUAUUCUCUGUUAUCAAAAUAUAUUGCAAAUGUUCAUCUGUUAAUGAUGAUCUGUAAUGGUAUUUUAUAUAUUUCAUCUUUAAAAAUAUCUGUCCAUACAGAUAGGUGAUAUGCAUGACACUCAAAGUGUGGUCAAGUUAGAGCAACCUUGCUGCCAUUUGUAGUGUGUGAACAGCAGUGCAAAGCCAUGAGUGUGCCACGUGUGGUCUUGGCUGCAACUCCAUAACCCUGCCAUUGCCAUGCAAAAGCAGCCAGAGACCAUACGAGUGGGCAUGGCUGUGUUCCACUGUAAACUAUAUUUAUGGACAGUGAAAUUUGAAUUUCAUAUCAUUUCCAUGUGUCACAAAAUAUUCAUUUUAAAAAAAUUCCCCCCCCCAACUGUUGAAAAAGGUAAAACCCAUUUUCGACUUGCAGACCACACAAAAACCAGUGGCUGGCUGAAUUUGACCUAUUGGGCCAUUAUUUGCCACCCCAUUCUAAGCGCUUUCCCAUUGGUCAUCUUGUUCAUCCUGACGUCUCCGUAUGUGGUAUGUACCACUAUGAUCCUGUCUUCAAGAUGAGGAAAUUCAGACACAGAGAGGGAAAGCUCUUUGCCCAAAGUCACUCCAAAAUCUCAGAGCUAGGAUUCGAACCCAGGUAUGUCUGACUCCAGAGCUGCAGGGCGGUUGCUUGUCUGCACUGACUCACAUUGCAUUCCCCAUGGUGACCCUUUUCAAUCUCUGCUGUAGUCUUCAAGCUCCCCAACAAACUCCCCUCAUGGGAAGGGGAAGAUGGGCCCAUUUCUUUAAGAAUCGUGAAGACAGCCAACAAGGGCUCUGUCCAUUUUCCUCCUCUCCACCUUAGGGGUUUUCUCCAUUGACCACAUCUCUGCUUUCUUCUCACAUCUUAUUUCACCACCUCUUCCUCCUUUUGUUCUUCCCUUUUUUCAAGAGUAGAAUGUCCAGUCUGCAUAUAGGAUCUCAUGGGGUAAGAGUGUGAGCUCUGCAUUCCAGAUCUGUCCCUGAAAUCUGUGUGACCUUGGGCACAAUAUUUAAUCUCUCUGAAUUUCCAAUGUCCUCAUCGGGAAAAUGGGGAAAACAAUUUCUUACAUUUUCCUCCCUCAUGGAGUUCUUGUAAAGAUCAAAUGAAAUAGUGGUGUAAAAUGCGAGCCCAGUGCUAGUACAUAGUAAGGCACUCCAUAAAUACUAGCCUUGUUGUUUUUAUUUUCUUCCCUACCACUACCUACUCUACAUUGAUCACCUCUCACAGGCUUGCCACGUCAAAUCUCUGUAAUUAUUUAUCAAGUAUCUACUAUGUGUUAUAAAGCUUUAAAAGUUUACUUGCUCCAUGUCUCCUGAAUCAGGUUGAGCAUUGAGUGCUGGGCUUUGCAUUGGCACACACGGCCAAAGGAACAAAUGGAAUCAUUCUCCCUGGAGACUUCAUGCUAUGCACCAAAAACCACCUGGCUGGGAUGGGUUGGAUAUAGCUCUCGAAGAGUCAAGCAAACUGUCCAGCCAAUAAAAAAUAUAUGCCUACAAGUUCAAAAGCCCUCCAUCCACAGUGCCAAUAAACUAGCCCAGUUAAUAGCCCAUUGGAAUUAGGUACAUGAAGAAGCUUAAAACUUUUCAGCCAUUACAAGAAAUACCAUCAUAUUUUGAAGUAGGGGAAACUUCAACAGAGGCCACAACCAAGUGAAAUUACAAAGAAAAUGUGAAAGUUGUCUUUUCCCUAGAUAUUUGUACUCUCUUAUCUUGGCCGAGCCAGAAUAGUUACUUAAAAUAUUGGAAACAGCUUGUUGAGAAAGCAAUGUUGCGUCUUCCUUGCCUGGAGAAAAGCAUGUACACACUUGCAGGCUUUGGUGUAUUCUUAGAGAGGCUUCAAGGAAUUGUGCAAGCAGGGUAUGUUCUGGCAGAUUAUGGGUUCUUUGUGUUUCAUGUUUCAUGGCUGCCAGCAGCUGGCAUCUUUCAGAAAUCACGUGAAAAGUGGGCAGAGCUCCUUGUGCAAACUUCCGAGCCAAAGGUUAAGGAGACUUUGUGUGUAACUCUUAAUCUUGUUGGGAAAUUUUAGGGUGAAAAAUAUAAUUAUACCUGAAAUGCCAACAACCAAGGCCAAAGGAAUGUCUCCUCUUUGGAGGGUUCUUUGUUGAUGAGAUGAAAAACUAAGCUCUUGUGCUCCUGCCUACAAAUUAUUCAGAUUAUUUGAAAAGAAAUGAAAGAAGACACUGGGAGGGAUAACCGUUGCAUACUAUGCUAUGUAGCACUUAACUAAUACUUACCUAUUUAGCAGUUAGUUCAAUAAAUAUUUAUUGAGUACCUGCUAUGUGCAACUCAACAGAAGCUAAAUAUUCAAGUUCCUGCUCUCCUUGAGUAGUUUUACUCAAGUUAGGUAUAUUCUUAAUCAUCUCUCAAUGUGAGGUUCUGGUCAUAAGAAGAAUUCAAGGACUCUGGAGGUUAGCACAGGGUAACUUUAUAUUGCAUAAUCUAUAAUUGCCAUCAAUUCUGUAUAGAUAUAGAUUAGCAUGGGCGAUUCAACAGGCUGGCAUUGAGAGCUGUGUGGUGUGGCCUGAACACCAGGCCCAGAGGUCAAGAGGGGCAACACACAAAGGCACUAAAAAGAAGAUAGGAAAGUGAUACUACCACAUUGGAAUGAGGUGUUGUCAUCAGCCAGCAGACCCCAAUGGAGUCCUGUGAGACUUGUAGCCAUGGAAUCCAAGUCAUGACGAUGAGCAUAACUUGUCCUGGAGUGGAGCACAACCGUUAAGGAAGGCUUCCUUUGUCCAUGUGUAACUCUACUUAGUCUUUCUCUGCCCCACCAUGUGGGUCUUAGGUUGCCCCAUUUUACAGAGGAGAGGCUAAAUUACAUCUUGGUCACACAACUCAGAGGUAGAAGAACCCAGACUGUAACCCAGUUGUCAUUCCCCAUCACAUUCCGUGUUCUUUGUUCAGUAUUAUGUGGCCACUGCUAGCUAUCUGAUAUAGCAAGGGGUUAUUCAGACCCAGCUCCUUAAACCACAUGCCAAAGUCUCUCCCCAGAUGAGUUUAUGAGCCAGCUAACUCAUGGUUGGGAAAUCAAAUAGUGAGAUACAUAUAUAUAUAUAAAAUUUAUUAUGCAUUAUAUAUCUUAUAUGUAUAUAGUGAGAGAUAUAUAUAAU